AUGAUAAAGGAGGAGCUAGAGGGAUGCUGCAUGAAGACAGACGGGCUCCUUCGUGAUGCAGCAAAGACGUUAGCAGAAUGGACUGAAAGAGAGCCAUCAGAGGGGGAAAAGGAGCUUCUAAAGCAAAAGUAUAAAGAGAUGUGGCAGAAGUUGGAGGACCAAGAAAAAGGCUUCGAAGGAUUCAUAGGCAAAAUGACAGAGAAAAUAAGAAAAGGAGAAAAGACCUCGGCAGAAGAGCGUGCCAAGAGGGAGGCAGCUGAGAGGGCAAAUGAGCUUCUCGAGCAAAAGGUUAAAGAGCUGCAGGAAAAGUUGGAGGACCAAGAAAGAGUCUCUGAAGAAUUAAGAGUCAAAAUGACAGAGGAGAUAAGAGAAAGAGAAAAGACCUCAGCAGGUACAGAAGAUCUGGCCAAAAGAGAGGUCGCCAAGUGGGAAAAGGAGCUUCUCGAGCAAAAGGUUAAAGAAUUGCAGCAAAAGUUGGAGGACCAAGAAAGAGCCUUCGAGAGAUUUAGAGUCAAAAUCACAGAUGAGAUGAGAGAAAGAGACAACCUUUUGAGAAAGACGAAUGAGAGAAUUCAGACGCUGGAAUGCUUACUUAGGAUACCAGAAAAACCAGAGGAACACUACAUGAAGAAAGAAGCAGAAGAGCAGGCCAAAAGAGAGGCAGCUGAGAGGGAAAAGGAGCCUCUUGGACAAAAGGUUGAAGAAUUGCAGCAAAAGUUGGAGAACCAAGAAAGAAUCUUCGAGAUAGUAAGAGUCAAAAUGACAGAGGAGUUGAAUGAAAGGAAAAAGGCCUUAGCAGAAGAGCAGGCCAAAAGAGAGGCAGCUGAGAGGGAAAAGGAGUCUCUUGAACAAAAGGUUAAAGAGCUGCAGAAAAAUUUGGAAGACCAAGAAAGAGCCUUCGAGGGCUUAAGAGCCAAAAUGACAGAGAAGAUAAGAGAAAGUGAAAAGACCUCAGCAGAACAAGCCAAAAUAGAGGCAGCUGAGAGGGAAAAGGAGUCUCUUGAACAAAACGUUAAAGAGCUGCAGAAAAAUUUGGAAGACCAAGAAAGAACCUUCGAGGGAUUAAGAGCCAAAAUGACAGAGGAGAUAAGAGAAAGUGAAAAGACCUCAGCAGAACAAGCCAAAAGAAAGGCCACUGAGAGGGGAAAGGAGCUUUCUGAGCAAAAGUUUAAUGAAUUGCAGCAAAAGUUUGAGGACCAAGGAAGAGCCUUUGAGGCAUUUAGAGUCAAAAUGACAGAGGAGAUGAAAGAAAGAGACAGUCUUCUGAGAAAGAUGAAUGAGAGGAUUCAGAUGCUGGAGGCUGACUGUAAGAAUGGCUCAUGGAUCUUUGCCUUGACUGUACUUCUGAGCAGCACUGUUGCCCACUACAUGAGUACCAUCAGCCAUCAGCCUCUGAAGCAGCUACAGUAA